GGCGGGACAGUCAAGGAAGCCGAGUGAGUUGUUUCUGGCGAUAUUAAGUCCAUAACAUGCAAUUCACUAGGAGAAAGAAGGUGAUUGGUAACUCCCAGACAGAGCUGUAUGGGCACUGUCUUCAGUUCUAUGGACAACCUCCAGUUGAAAACAUCUCACUUUCUGAGUUCGAGACCUUCGCCGUGGAACGGCUCAAACUGCUAAAGACAGUAGAGAACCUGGGGGUGAGCUAUGUCAAGACAUCAGAGCAAUAUAAAAAGAAGAUGGAAACAGAGAUCUCUAGCCUGAACUUCCCUUACAGAACCGAAGUGGAUGAGAGGAAGCCGCAGACGGGUCCAACAGAGUACGAGAAGCGAAGGAAGGACCACAUUUCCCACUUCAUCCUCCGACUGGCCUAUUGCCAAACGGAGGACCUGAGGCGGUGGUUUAUACAGCAAGAGAUGGACCUUUUCCGCUACCGUUUCACUGACCUGCCACCAAAGUUCAAGAGUGACUUUCUGCAUCGGAAUAACCUGCACUAUGAUACGAUCAGCAGUGAAGAAAAGGAGAACCUGAUGGACAAGCUUGUCCAUUCGACCUUCACCGUCAGUGGCACCACAGUUGUCGAACAGGAUUUCUACAAGGUACCUUUCCAGGACGCCCUGGAUCUGGUGAGGACGAGGAAGGUAUUCCUAAAAGGAGGAUACGCCUACAUCCCCCACCAAGACAUAGUCACCAUUGUGCUCAAUGAUUUCCGCACACGGCUGUCCAAAGCUCUUGCCCUGACGGCGCGCUCUCUACCAGCGGUGCAGUCUGACGAGCGUCUCCAGCCUCUGCUUAGCCAUCUCAGCCAUGCCUAUGUGGGUCAGGAUUAUAGCAUCCAGAAGAAUGUGGGGAAGAUCUCCUUGGAGCAGAUUGAUCCGCUCUCUGCAAAGUCCUUCCCCUUGUGCAUGCGGCAGCUCCACAAGGCCCUGCGGGAAAACCACCAUCUGCGCCAUGGCGGGCGAAUGCAGUACGGGCUCUUCCUCAAGGGCAUCGGCCUCACCCUGGACCAGGCCCUGCAGUUCUGGAGGGCCGAGUUCGUCAAGGGGAAGGUGGAUGCCGACAAGUUUGACAAAGCGUAUGCCUACAGCGUCCGGCACAUGUUUGGAAAGGAGGGCAAGCGCACAGACUACACCCCCUACAGCUGCAUGAAGGUUAUUUUGUCAAACCCUCCCAGCCAAGGCGACUACCAUGGAUGCCCCUUUCGACAUAGUGAUCCCGAGCUGCUAAAGCAGAAGUUGCAGUCCUAUAAGAUUUCCCCAGCCGGUAUCAAUCAGAUCCUGGAGCUGGUCAAGGGAAUGCACUAUCAGCUGGCCUGCCAGAAGUACUUUGAGCUGACACACGGUAUUGAGGAUUCUGGUUUUUCGCUCAAUCACCCAAACCAGUACUUUGUGGAGAGCCAACGGCUGCUUACAGGGGGCAAGGAGGUGAAGAGGGAGGCUGACCCCCUGCGGGGUGGACAGGGGGUGCCAGCGAACAAGGCUCCCGAUGCACCGCUGGACAAACCUGCCAACCCUGCUCAGACUGCAGCCGAAAUCACAGAGGAUCUGGACUCUCUGUUCCAGGACGACUGACAUGGGGGCAGUUCACGACCUUGUUUUUCUUUUUCUAAUUGUACAUCCUCUUCAAAUAGCCAGUUUGUCCUGUGCCUUCGUGCUUUACUGUAC